CGACGGUUUGCUUUGCCGCCGCCGGGCGCUCGCCGGGUCGUGCAGCAACAGCAUUAACACGGCGAGUCCGAUCUGCCCGAUCAAGCUGGCCCAGUCGCCCAGUGCAGACUCUGCGCCUCAAGAAAUCAAACUUCCGGGCUCGCGGCUUGUUUCCAAGACGCGCACGCGACCCGCUCUGAAUUUGCCGCCGCCGCCGCCGCACCGCGGCUACUACUGCUGCUACUGCUACCGCCGCUGCUACCGCAGAGACGCUACUAGACGCUACCGCUGCUGGCGGGAGGGAGGCGAAGGCGACUGCAACACCGCCUGCUGGCCAAAGGCCAAACAAAAACAAAAAGUCAGUGAAAACAAAUAGGCUCCUCGAGCCGAAGGAUACUUGGUGCAUUCCUGCCCCUCUGUACGCGUGUAAAUUCUGUACACGAUUGUUGGAUUUUUAAGUCAACCGUUCCAUGUUUUGGUGUAUUUCUUCGCCGUUUGAAACUGUUGAUUCAGUGCCGACCCGCUGGUUUUCCUUGACGUAAACAGUUCAUCGAAUAGUAUGGGAUAGGUCGCAGCGCAGGGAACCCACUUCUCCCACUUGUUGCAUGGUGAUUUUACAUGCAGGAAGACGGAAUGUCUGAUGACCAAAUGCCCUGUGGAUUUUGUGUGGGGGGGGUCUUGGUUUUGCCACAAUGGAUAGCCCUCAGUGCGUAGGGCCAGUUCAGCACAACCCUAUGCCUCAAUUCAAAGAUGCAGAUCAUUAUAGGAGUCCUCUGAGUCCUCUGUGCAUUACAGAAGGAAGUCAUGACAUCGUUCGACCCAAACCACGAAGACCAGGAAAUGGAAGCCGUGAAGCAAUAUGCACUCAAGGCUACAGUCCUUACCCUCACAGUCCCAAAGGUCUUGUCUCUCCCCCGCUUCCAGCAAACAUUAUGCAGUGCAAUUCUUCAAGUAAAGAGGUUGUAUUGGAGGACACACCUGCAAAAGAUCGCAGUCCUAUCAACAUGAAUAGUAGUAGUGUAAUCAGGCCCAGUAGUGGGCCUCCAGCAACUGGGAGUCCUAGCCCCCCUGUGCUUCUUCGGGGGCCAACUCCUGCCAAUCCUUUAUCAUCAAAGUCUUUGAUAAGUGUUGCAAGUCCCCCAGUGCCGCAGGCACCUCAAGCUCAAACACCAUCUACUCAACACACUGGAGCAUUGCAACAAUCCCAACAAUUACAUCCAAUAAGCCCUGUCACAGACAGCAGUGUGUUUAGAGACCGAGAAAGGGACAGAGAUAGAGAGAGAGAUCGUGAUAGAGAUGUACGAACAACCCCAAUGAUCCCUGAAAGGGAUACAGGCGGCAUUCGUCCAAGCUCUGAUGGAAAAGUUCAAAGGCAGAUCCAAAAGCCUGAGCGCCCACUAUCUGCAGUCAGUAAAUUCAGCAACAAGUCUGCCUCUUCAAGUCACACAGGAACAGUUCACAGUAAUCAUAGCGCUCAUAGUAAUACUAGUGGGCACAGUAAUUACAGUGCUACAUUUUCUGGUCACUUGUCACAUCAAGGGCAGUCUGGUCAAACAAAUCAAAUGACCUCUCCUAGUCACAGUGGGCACUCAGGACAUGUUUCACGCCACAUGGUCCACAAUACACCAACUGGAACUGGAAGUACAACAAGCACCGCUGCCAGGAACUUAUUGGCCAAUUUCCCUCAUCAUCAUUUAAGUGUGGAAGAGUUAAGACUCCUUCAGAGACGACAAGAGUGCACAGGUAGUUCUUCAGAUGAAAACCGUUCAUCUGGACAUGCCUCAAUGUCAGAUGGACACACAAGUUCCUCUCCACCUGCUGAUCGUGUUGAUCGCCAUCAUCACUAUCGAUCACAUUUAAAUUCUGUUCCUGAAGAUGAGCGCUUGUCAGCCAGUGUGAUGCCCAAUCAAAGUCGUCCAAAUCGGAAGACAGUUCAAAACAGAAGCCGUCAUAGGGGCACUCCUGUUAAACUCGUACCAUGUGGAUCAGGCCUUGAAGAUAUUAAACUUGCUAUACAGCAAUUGACUAUGAGAUCACACACUUCAAAUUCGACAUCGACUUAUUCUAGUCUCAGUGGCUCUGAAAGUAGUGAACCUGCUGUAAGAAGAUUGAUGCGACAUUCCUCUUUGGAAACUAUCAAUACCAAUGUAACAAGUGCAGACGAGUUUGUUUGGGUAGACUCGCAUAACAGAUUGGUUGAAUUGCAACAUUUACCCUGGUCAACGCACGACAUCCUGAAGGUCAUUCAGAAUGGUAGAGUAAAGGAAAGCAUGGAACGUGUAUCUAUGGAGACCAUACCACGCUUGUCAUACUUACUGCAACGGGCACUUGUUAGAAUUGCUCGCGAAGCUCAAAGACUUUCCAGACCACUUCAUAUGUGCAGCAAGCAUGAAGUAGCAAGUGCACUCAAAAUUGUUUUAUGUCCUGCACUUGCUGACUCCUGUAUAAAGGCUUGUCUUCGCUCAGCCGCAAUGUUUGCAGUGUCUGGUGAUCAAUUAAAACAGAGUAAAUCAAGUAGGGCUGGCUUGCAGCUAUCAGUGGGCAGGUUUCAUAGGUGGAUGGCUGAUGUGCGCCUGGGUAAAUUUGUGCAUGAAUAUGCUGCUGUGUACUUAGCUGCAGGACUGGAGAACUUGGUUGAAGAAAUGGUUCUCCAGUGUCUCCCAGCCAAAAUAGAUUCUGUUUUGACAGCUGCCAUGUUUGAACAUGCCAUUGCCAACAAUGGAGAUUUGUGGGGGCUUUUGCAGCCGUACGCCCAUUUGAACGCGGGACGUAUUGCUUCAGGAGCUCUUUCAUUACCACGCUGGGCGAGCAUAAGCAGUCUAAACACUGAGUCUACCCAGUCUUCCUCUACAACAACCAUGCUAGGAUCCUCAACACCUGGAAAUACCCCAGGAACAACUCCUGGCAAUACCCCUAGUGCAAUAAGCUUGGGUAAAUCAACUGAGCAAUCUCUUCUCACCACUUGUGUAGGUUCAGUACAAGAGCUUACAGAUUUGCUUGCGAGGAUUGCUGCCUUACCUACUCAGCCAAUUGGUCGUCCACUUGCAUGGACUCAUCAAGCUGUUCAAGCUCUUUUUUAUUUUAUGAGAUGCUCUCAGCUUGAACAUGCUGAGCAGCAAGCUCCUAUCCAAGAAUUGAUGUAUGAAAGAGCAUAUGUUGUGUUACCCCCAUUAGUGGAAUGGCUGCGAAUAGCUAGUGCUCAUGCUGACCAUCGUCAUGCAACUCAUAUUGACCAAGAUGAUGUAAUGCAAGCAGCAAGGUUGUUGUUACCUGGAGUAGAUUGUCCCAUUCGACAAGUAGGAUGGGAGGAAUCUGUGGCUUAUCCAAGAAGACCAGGAGAUGACUCAGAAACUGCAAAGCGGCUUAAGUUAGACUUGGCCUUUCGAAUGCUCAGCACUGGAUCUCGAGACAUGGUGCCUCAUGCAUUACAACUAUUACCAAAUUCAAAGCUCAAUUGUGUGAAUGAAAGAGGACUCACUGUGUUAAUGUUGGCUUGCAUUCGUAAUGAUGAAACUACUGUGCGCCUUCUUUUGGAGAUGGGUGCAGAUCCAGACACUGAGACGCCUCCACAUGGUGCACCUGGUUGUCCCGCUGUUAAUGGAGAAAUGCAGCAUUGGACUGCUCUGACAUACACAGCUCUCCAAGGAAAUGUCGCAAUCGCGCGACUUUUACUUGACCGUGGUGCGCAUGUCGAAGGCGGUGCUCGCCUCAGUGAAGAAAAAUGUACAGAAACACCCUUACAAGUUUCAGCAGCUGCUGGGCUCUCUGACAUGGUCCAAUUGCUUCUUGCCCGCGGAGCCCACACAUUCCUUUCAACUUUAAUCAAAGAUUCAUUGUGCUAUUCAGGUGCAGCACAAAGAGGCUGUUACAGUGCAAUAUCAGUAGCCGCUGCUCAUGGACAGAGGUCAAUACUUCAUCAACUUCUUACACACCCUCUUAGUCAUUACAAUAAGGAAGUGCUUUCUCUUGAAGAAAUUCUUGCAGAAGGUGUUUCCCAACUGACAAGUGAUCGGCGGGCUGCUAGAUUACAGGUGUCAGAUGACCAUGGGGAAAGCAACAAUCCUCCUGUGAAACUAAGUAAGACUCAAAUAAAAGUUUUGCAGGAAGCCAUGUACCAUUCUACCGAAAAUAAUCACCUUGAUAUGACACUGGAUAUGCGUAAUCUUGGGGUGUCUUGGACACUUCACUGUUGGAUGCACACUUUAGCACUAGCAGAUGAUCUUCGCCUGGAGCAUAUGAUUGAUCAGCUCUUACAGGAUUUUCUCCAGGUGUGGCCUGAUGAUUGUUCCACACAGUUUGUUGAUGAAUGUUUGCCCUUGCUGUUCAGUAUCUUCCGUUAUAGCAAGAAUGAAGGCACUACACUCUUGUUAGCAGACAUAUUCUGUACUUGUUUUGGUUGGGAGCCAAUUAAACCAGUGCGCGAUACAACAUUAAAUGGAGGCACCCGUAUUGACCCUAAGUUCGUGAAUAAUCCUGAACUGUCAGAUGUUCAGUUUCUUGUCGAGGGAAGGGUCUUUUAUGCUCACAAAAUAGUGUUGGUGACCUCAUCACCUCGUUUUCGGGGUAUGCUCAGUUCAAGACUUUGUGAAGGUAACCCUCCUGUUGUGCAAAUAAAUGAUAUUCGCUAUCAUAUAUUUCAGCUUGUGAUGCACUUUCUUUAUAAUGGUGGUUGUGACAAUCUCCAAGUGGACAGUAGUGAUGUAUUAGAACUUAUGGCUGCUGCCAACUUUUUCCAGUUAGAUGGACUACUUCAGUAUUGUGAAGUUCAAUGCUCAACAAUGAUAGAUUUGGAUAACAUUGUGUCAAUGUAUAUUCAUGCCAAGGUUUACAGUGCAGCUCAGCUGAUGGAGUACUGUCAGGGAUUUUUGCUACAGAACAUGAUGGCUCUUCUGACUUAUGAUGAUUCAGUAAAACGAUUACUAUUUGGGAAGAAACUACACAAUCAUGAUGUACUUGCAGGUCUAUUACUCACACUGCAAGCUCGAAUCAAGGCUCGAAACAAGCUCAAAUAAAUUGUGUCUGAUUUAAUUUGUUUAAGUUUAUAUUUAAUCACAUUGAGUUAAGCUUCAUACAUAACUCUUAAACAAGAUCAUUUUGUAACUUAGCAGUAUUAUUUUAUAACUUUUUCCAGGUACAAUGCCAGAUUUUUUUACCAUUUGUGUUCAUCACAGAUAUGCUAGUUGCUGAGGUAUUGAAAUCCAUACAUAGUGUCAUAAAAUUUCUUGUUUGUUGUCAUUGUGAUAAUCUACAUAUGUUCCUUGUUCUUGCUAUAUGUAUAUGUAUCACAUGCUUAGAAACGUGCUUGUCAAAAGUUUUUCCAACAUUACUAGUAUGUGAAAUGUAAUCUCCAAUGUAGUUAUAAUUUGGAACUUGCCCUUUUGCUCUCUUAGCAUCGAGCAAUGAUGCUUCAUUAUAUUUUAAAGCUUAUGCUAGCAUACCUUUAUUAAUCAUCGAGUCAUGUGGACUCAUCACUGCUCAAAUCGCUGACAUUUAUUCUAACAAAUUCGGUAUCUAUAGUUU